CACUUCAUUUCACAAUCGCUAAAAUGAAUGUUGUUGGUGCCUCUGUGUCCGAGGCAAACUAUGCCGCACAUGAAACCAGAGAUAUUGUGUUGCCUAAUCAGAAUGUCCAUGUCUCGCAAAUCGCAGUGGACAUUGGAGGGUCACUUGCAAAAAUCGUCUACUUCACUUCUUCAACAGAGGAAUGCAAAGGAGGUCGAUUACAUUUUAAGAAAUUUGAGACCGACCACAUUGAUGAUUGCAUCGAUUUUAUUGCUGAGCUCAUGGAUGACGCUCGACAUUUGACACCUAGAGGAAUUGGACAGGUUCUUAAAGCUACUGGUGGUGGUGCUCAUCUAUACCAUGAGAAGCUUGCCAAAAGAUUACCAGGGGUCAUAGUUCAGAAGGAAGAUGAGAUUGAAUGUCUCAUUACAGGACUUUCUUUCUUUCUUACCGAAAUUCCCUAUGAAGCAUUCACAUACAACGAGCAUGAUGUCAAUCCAAUGCGAUUUCAACAAAAGUCUAGCGAUAUUUACCCUUAUAUGAUUGUAAAUAUUGGAUCCGGUGUAAGCAUUUUAAAGGUGACUGGACCAGGGCCUGAUGAAUUUUCUCGUAUCAGUGGAACCUCGCUGGGCGGUGGUACACUUUGGGGACUUUUGUCGCUCUUGACCAAUGCACAAUCAUUCGACGAUAUGCUUGAAAUAUCAAAAGAGGGUGAUAAUAAGAAUGUAGAUUUGAUGGUUGGUGAUAUCUAUGGCUCAGACUACACAAGGCACGGGUUGAAAUCUACUCGAAUAGCAUCUAGCUUUGGUAAAGUAUUCAAAAAAGGCAUUCGGCAGAACAAGGACGCUUUCAAUCCUGGUGAUAUAUCCAAGAGUCUAUUAUUCAUGGUCAGUAAUAAUAUCGGGCAGAUUGCUUAUCUGAAUGCACAACAACAUGGUUUGAAAAGAAUAUACUUUGGGGGGUGUUUUAUAAGAGGCCAUGCCGUUACAAUGAAUACACUUUCAUACGCUAUUGAUUUUUGGUCAAAGGGCGAAAUGAAAGCCUUAUUUUUGCGUCAUGAAGGCCAUUUGGGAGCAACGGGAGCUUUCCUCAAACACAAGCCAAUUCGCAAGGCAAGACACUCGUUUUCUUACUCUGAAAAUUUCUCCCCGGAUACCAAGGCUAACAAUCCCAGUCGAGUAAUUGACGGUUUAGAAGCAACCAACCUAGAACUUAGACCAGAUAACCAGAAAUAAAGCAGCAAUAACAACAAUAAAAAAAAACUGUAUAC